GUCCGGCAGGACCCUAUCCCCAGCAUGGCGGCGCCCAGCGAAGUGGCCCCGGCAGUCCUCGGUGAAGGCGAUGGCGGGGGGUUUGGGUCCUGGUUGGACGGACGGUUGGAGGCGCUGGGAGUGGACCGAGCCGUUUAUGGCGCUUACAUCCUUGGUGUCCUGCGGGAGGAGGAGGAGGAAGAGAAGCUGGACGCCCUGCAAGGUAUCCUCUCUGCUUUCCUGGAAGAAGAUUCCCUCCUUGAUAUAUGUAAGGAAAUUGUGGAACGAUGGUCACAAACGCAAAAUGUCAUCACCAAAGUGAAAAAAGAAGAUGAGGUUCAGGCCAUCGCCACCUUGAUUGAGAAGCAAGCACAGAUCGUGGUGAAGCCCAGGAUGGUUCAGAAGAGGAGAGGCAGAGGAAAGCCGCCUGCUGGCCCAGUUGCCGAUGUGACAGACGAAGAGGACGAAGCAGAUGAGAAAGAUGAUCCGACAGCAAACAUCGGUUCUGACAAACUUCUUUUCCGAAACACCAAUGUGGAAGAUGUUCUCAAUGCUCGGAAAUUGGAACGAGACUCGCUUCGGGACGAGUCCCAAAGGAAGAAGGAACAGGACAGGCUGCAGCGGGAGAAGGACAAACUAGCCAAGCAGGAGCGCAAGGAGAAGGAAAAGAAAAGGACACAGAGAGGGGAACGCAAGCGAUAACCUCAGCCCACUCCGUUCCUUCCACCCAGGAAUUGUGCGUCUGUCUAUUUAAGAGACUGAGACUAAUGCAUUUCCCAGCAUUUCCUAAGGCUUCCCCCGUGUUUACAUGUUUAAAAGGAAAACCACAAUCACUUGUAAUUACAAAAUGUGCCAUGUUUUGGUAGUGUGGGCAAUCAAUUAUAGUAUCCUUACCAAAGAUCUGGAAUUAGGGUAACCUUUCUAUUUUAGUACUGAAACCCUGUGCUCUUCUGGCUUGUUUUUAAAAAAAAGGUCUUCCCUCACUUUGUAUAAUUAGCCAGAUUCAGAAAGUGAACAUCCUGAAGGAAACAUGACCAUUCCUUCUGAGAUUUAAAAAAAAAAUGCUCCUGAGGCAAUAUUUGUCUCAAAACGUAGUGGGUUUUUUAUUUGAAAUUUAAAAUGUAGUGGGUUUUUUAUUUGAAUUUUAAAUUUGAAUUUUAAAUUCCAUAGUCUAGACUGACCUUGAGCUUGAGUUUCUCGGCUUUAAGAUUUGGGCAUAAAUGGCUGCACCUGGCUUGUAGUAGCAGUAGUUUAUGGCUGAAGUAACUAACGAAGAGCCCUAGAUCCAGACUGUGUAUGACAUCAAAUAGGAAAGUGGAAGGUGGGUAUUUGGGGUGUGAUAGAUCUAAGAACUUUUUAUUUAUUUUUUGAUGUGUCAACUUGGGCUCAAGCUCUAGCUGUGUUGAGUGCCUACUUUGCAUAUAAGGCCCUGGGAUUGAUCCCCAAUACUGAAGAAAACCUUAACCUAUGGGAGAAUCAAAUAUCUUUUAAAAUAGAGAGCUACAUACUUUUCAUAUAGUCUGUGGCUUUAAGAAGGAUGUGUCAGUUUGGGGUAUAAGUUUAUCAUUGUUAGCUAGAUAAAUCAUGAGUUCCCUUGAAUCCCUUCUUGAUUUUAAUCUUGAUUUAUUUUGCAGGCAUGUCCAGCCUUUUGACGUGGCAUGACUUUUUUUAAAACUUGCAAAAAAAAAUCAUGUUUUUAAAGUAAGUUUAUGAUUUUGUAUUAGGCUGAAUUUACAGCUAUCCUCAGCCACAGGUUGUACACACCUGCAACAUGGGUAUUAAGACCUAAUAAUUCCUGGUUUAGAGAAACUGAAGGAAUUACUCUAGAGAGAAACACUGGAAAUUUUGCUAACAAGAUACUUAAGUAUAUAUAGUUGGUGGUUAACAAACUUAUGAGUGGAAAAACUGGGAGAGUCGAGGGUGAGCAGAAACUCUCCAAUUCUACUUCUGCCACAGCUGCAUCCAACUGUAAACAAGGUCCUUCUUUACUUGACUUUAGGCAACAGCUAUCUAAACCCUCAGAACAAUUUCUCUGAUGUGAUACAGUAGAUAUUUUAUACCAGGGGUUAGAAGACUACCACUCCCAGGCCAAGUUUGGUCCAGUCCUUUUUUGUAUGGGGCAAACUAAAAUGUUUUUUUACAUUUUUAAAGGGUUAAUAAAGACAUUCAUGAUUUGAGACCAUAUGUGGCCUAUAAAACCUAGUAGUUACUAGCAUUUGGAGAAAGUCUUCUGACUUGUUUUUGUAUCAUUAACUACCUUUGUGCAGAAGAAAAAAAAAAAACAUGGUUAAGAAGAUAAAGCUGCCUCUUUAUCCUACAACCAUGACACUGCAAAAAUAACCACCUUUUCCUUUUUUUAAAUAAACUUAUUUAAGUCAGA